AGGAUUUUCCUCUCCUUUGCACACAGACUAAAACAACAGGUACCCACCCACCGUUCACAUAACUGCGAUAUCUUCGAAGAACCACACCUUGCCCGCGAGCACCCGAUUAGCGGAAGAUCGGUUGGUCGACGCGCCAUCAAAGCAGGGGCAAGGGCAAGGGCAGUCGCGUCAGUGCGUUAACACCUGGGCAGCGAGCGCAUCCGGCGUCCCUCGGCCAUACCCGAAACUGUGGCUCCCUGGUUUGUCAUUGCUGGCCCAUUCGUACACGAGACAAUCGCAAACAUGCAGAUUCGUCUUCACAAUCGAAUCCUUGGCUAUUUUCGACAUAUCGCGGACAACACCCGUAGGCUAUGGCAAGGCAUUCUGCCCGUGCGAGAUGGACCAGACAUUAUUUAUCCAUCAUCUAUUUACCGCCCUCGCAAUGAUUUGCAUGGUCUCGCGCCUUGUCUGCCGGAAGAUUUUAUUCAAGAAAUUUGACUUUGGAGACUACUGUACCAUGGGUGCGAUGGUCUGCGCUGCUACGCGCGGUGGUGUAAUACACGUCGUCCUUACUUGGGGUACGAACAACAUGCCCGAAAAACUCCGGGCGACUACAGACUUCACUCCCGUCGAAAUAUAUCGCCGCACAGUUGGUAGCAAACUUGCUAUCACGAAUCGUCCAAUCUACAACACCUACCUGUGGUUACAGAAAUCAGCAAUACUUUUUUUCUACCUUCAUCAUAUUCAUCCAAGCGAACAAUGGAAGCGAUACAUAUCCUGGUCCUACGGCAUAAUCUUCGCUGCAACUUGGGUUGCUGCGCAGAUUGUUGGCUUCACUGAGUGUGACCCUUUCCAUCUGUACUGGCAGGUGGUUCCAGCUCCCGGAAGCUGUGUUCAGGCACAAGUUCAACUGUUUGUGCUAGGUAUCCUUAACAUCAUCACCGAUUUCAUGAUACUCGCCCUCCCACUCCCAAUGCUCUCUUCGUUGCGAACACCAUGGCGCACAAAGAUACGCCUUUAUGCUCUUUGUACACUUGGAAUAUUCAUCAUUGCAAUCACCAUAAUUCGACUCCCAAUCAACGCAAUGCAUGCAGCUGUACAAGCAAACCGGACGACAUGGGCAAGCACUGAGCUGCUUGCCGCUGCGAUAGUGGUAAACGCGCCUGUUUUGUAUGGAGCGUUCAACAUCUGGCGACAACGCUCACGUCGAAAAUCUCAAAGACUGGCACCACGCGCAGGCGCAUCAUCCACAAUACGCACCAUAGGCAGCGGCGGCAAGCAACCUAAAAGAUUAUCAAACGUGCCAAAAGACGAUGAGGAGCUUAUGCUUCAGCCUUAUCGCCAGACCAGCAUAACAUCCUGCACAUCCCUCCAAGAUCCGCAGAGCGAAGACGGAGCAACAAAGAAGCCCGACUUAGGAUCGUAUGAGGAGGCGGAUCGGAAUCGGGCGCAAGCCUCGAAUUGAAUAAGACAGCCUCCAUUUUUUUAAGAUAAUAGGUCGAAUCAGAUUCAUGCAAGUUCAUCUCGUGGAGCGGUACAGUACUCGUGCGGGUCAAACCUCCGUUCUACCAGCCCAGUGCUUUACCUGUUAAGGCUAGAUAAUCGAAUUCUUGAGGCGGGUGGGGACAAACCUCGGGAUUAUGGGACCCGCAGCCAAGACCAAGAACAAUCUUCCGGCCCAUGCCGGUAUCUGUCUGAACCCACAACAGCCGUGUUCGACAACGGCGGCUUCCGCUUUCAAGCAGUAGAACUCUUGGGGCGCCUCAAAAAGUUAUA